UUCCGGAUUGGGCUAAGGUUUUAAUCUUGGGUGGGAGGCGGGGAGGAUGUGCCGGGCCUUAAGAGUAGUAGUCUCCGAGAACAAAGAAUUACUGAGCACCCACAAGUCGUAAUCUUGCCCAGAGUACUUUAAUGAGAUGAUUUAAGCAAGGUUAGGUAAUGUAUGACUUAAAAAAAAGAAAAAGAAUAGCAUCCCGCUUAACCUGCAUGGACUCUACGGUUCGUGCCACGAAUUGCUGGGAUGGUUUCCGCUCUCUGAUACGGAAACUAAUCAACAAUAUGAAGUGAUGAGGUAACCUGAUCAAUGUUGAAAUUGGGCAGAGAUUAGACACCUUUUUUAGGCAGGUGUUCUUAAGUACCACUGACAACACGGUUCUCAGCGUAUUUCAUGACAAUGGAUGGUGACAGUUCUACCACAGAUGCUUCUCAACUAGGGAUUUCUGCAGACUAUAUUGGAGGGAGUCAUUAUGUUAUACAGCCUCAUGAUGAUACUGAGGACAGCAUGAAUGAUCAUGAAGACACGAACGGUUCAAAAGAAAGUUUUAGAGAACAAGAUAUAUACCUUCCAAUUGCAAACGUUGCAAGGAUAAUGAAAAAUGCCAUACCGCAAACGGGAAAGAUUGCAAAAGAUGCCAAAGAAUGUGUUCAAGAAUGUGUAAGCGAGUUCAUCAGCUUUAUAACAUCUGAAGCAAGUGAAAGAUGCCAUCAAGAGAAACGGAAGACAAUCAAUGGAGAAGAUAUUCUUUUUGCCAUGUCUACCUUAGGCUUCGACAGUUAUGUAGAACCUUUGAAAUUAUACCUUCAAAAGUUCAGAGAGGCUAUGAAAGGAGAGAAGGGAAUCGGUGGAGCAGUCACAGCUACAGAUGGACUAAGCGAGGAGCUCACAGAGGAGGCGUUUACUAACCAGUUACCAGCUGGCUUAAUAACUGCAGAUGGUCAGCAACAAAAUGUUAUGGUUUACACAACAUCAUAUCAACAGAUUUCUGGCGUUCAACAAAUUCAGUUUUCAUGAUCUGAAGAAAUGGUGGAACGGAGAGUAUAGAGAACCAAGUCUGUAUACAGAUUCUGGAACAGAGACAUUAGAAGGAACUGAUUGGUGAAAAGAUGUCUCUUUGUAUAUUAAAUAGCUGUAAUGUAGCUUCCCAAUGCUUGACUAAUUGAGGUGUUAAUUCUGACUUGAGAAUCUUUUUCAUGAAUGAUUUUAAAGAAAAAUUUGGAUUUUAAAGGUAUUAAAAUAUUUUUGUUUUGUACGAGAGUUUGUUGCUCUGUAUGACUCCUGUAUGCAUUGUAUAUUGCAAUUUAUUACUGUCAGAGAUUUGUAGACAGUUUCUUAUUUUCAUAUUGAAUCAUGUUACUUUUGUAAUUCAAGUAAGCAGCUGGGUUAAUUCAUGAUGUUUGCCCUUUUAAUAAAAUAUAAGGGUAGAGUUCA